GCAUUUUGCCAUUCUCUUUCUGUAUCAGCAUGCGAAGAUCAUAGUCGUUAAAUUAUUAUAACUUCAGAUGUCUGUCUCUCGUCAACUUUUACAGCCUCGGGCUGGAAUAUAUCGAGCUGUAAAUCACACUUCAGGAAUUGCACAAUGCCGUGGAGCAGCUUUGAGGAAUACGCCUCUAUUCUCUUUUUCUAGAACGUUUACUGCAGCUCGUCGAUUAUGUAAUGCGGAGAGUAGGCACUUUCCCACUCUCUCUUCAAAAGAUUUAGCUAACCUUACACUACAGCUACUAUUCCUCCACCUCCGCAACCCUCUUUUCUUUUACGAACUCUCACUUUCUUUGGAAUAGCCAUUGUCUUCACAUCCGUAGGCUUCUCAAUAGCUGCCUAUCCAGCUUUCAAGGCAGCCAAUUCCAUACUCAAUCCUCCGUCCGAUGAGGAAUCGAUCAAAUUAUACACACCAACCGAUGCGAAAUCUCUAGAAGUCGAAGCAUACAUAAAUAAUCAUCCACUCGUAAAAGAACUACGAUCUCGACCUGAGAUUACAGAAUCAAGACCACAUUUGAAAAUCCCUGAAUCACAAAGAGGACACAAUCUUACAGGUGGAACAUUGAUGGGAUCUGGACGUGUUCAAGUGCCACCAUAUGUAUGGACUGAAGCAGGAGGUAAAUCCCUCGUGUCAAUCUCCUACCUGGGAGAAGAUCUAUGUGGACAUCCAACCAUUGUACAUGGAGGAUUUCUAGCUACAAUGCUAGAUGAGGGGUUAGGACGAUGUUGUUUUGGAGCAUUGCCAAAUAGGAUUGGUAUGACGGCUACUUUGACGGUCAAUUAUAGGGCUCCCACGCCUGCGAAAACAUUUGUUGUAUUGAGAGCGGAGACUACAAAAGUAGAAGGAAGAAAGGCUUGGGUUGAGGGAAGAAUUGAGACUUUAGUUGGGGAGGGUGAGACGCCGAAAGUUCUAUGUGAGGGGAGUGCCCUCUUUAUUGAACCUAGACAAGCCAAGGUGAGUUUGAAAGGCUGUAAUAGUGUUGUCAUGAAUGCUAAUGAGGUUUUAGAUGAUGGCUAGAAUAUACCCGGCUACAUAAAAUGUUGGAAGACGCAUUCUCAGUCCAAGGACAGAAGAGACGAAAAUGUCAAUAUAGAAAGCGGAUUCACGUAAAGGUUAAGUAUUCUAGGUCUGGAUAUAAGAUUAGACAAGUGUGAGAUCUAGAUAUUACUAGACUACUAGAAUAGAACAAUAUAAUUUCAUGACCAU